UUCUGGUAUUAAAAAAAAAACUCUGGCGGUACGGUAGCCGAGGAGGUUCCAGUGCGGCGGAAGUACCCCGCGGGUGGGUGUGUGCGCGCGCAAGGCCGGGACCAGAGGUGCACGUGGCUCCGGUGAGUUGCCGCAGAAGCCGGAGGAUCUGAAAAUGCUGGACGCGGAACCCAGCUGCCUGAGGGAGGGAGGAAGAAAGGGGAUACGGUGCGGAGACCUUGCUGUCUGUGGGUGGAGGAGGGAGUGAAGAGAAUGUCUUUUCGAGGCGGAGGUCGUGGAGGCUUUAAUCGAGGUGGUGGAGGUGGCGGCUUCAGCCGUGGCAGCAGCAGCAACCACUUCCGAGGUGGAGGUGGAGGCGGUGGCGGAGGCGGCGGCAAUUUCAGAGGCGGCGGCAGGGGAGGAUUUGGACGAGGGGGUGGCCGCGGAGGCUUUAACAAAGGCCAAGACCAAGGACCUCCAGAACGUGUAGUCUUAUUAGGAGAGUUCCUGCAUCCCUGUGAAGAUGACAUAGUUUGUAAAUGUACCACAGAUGAAAAUAAAGUGCCUUAUUUCAAUGCUCCUGUUUACUUAGAAAACAAAGAACAAAUUGGAAAAGUGGAUGAAAUAUUUGGACAACUUAGAGAUUUUUAUUUUUCAGUUAAAUUGUCAGAAAAUAUGAAGGCUUCAUCCUUUAAAAAACUACAGAAGUUUUAUAUAGACCCGUAUAAGCUGCUGCCACUGCAGAGGUUUUUACCUCGACCUCCUGGUGAGAAAGGACCUCCAAGAGGUGGUGGCAGGGGAGGCCGAGGAGGAGGCCGAGGAGGAGGUGGCAGAGGUGGUGGCAGAGGCGGUAAGUUACUUGGGGAAAAUUUCUGAUGAGAUUUCAAAGUCACGACUAAAUUCAUAUAGUACAAUUUAGUUCUGUACAUAGCAAAUUCUCCCUUAUGGUAAAGCUGCUUUCAAAUAUUGACAGAUUGUCCAUAAUAAUAAUGCUUCAUUUCAACAACUUAAAAAGAAAAAAAAAAUCUACUGUAGUGUACUUUUGAGGGACUUUAUUUCUUUGGGCUAUUCAUGUUUUCUUGGGCAUUUUAAUAAACCGUAAAAUCAUCUUAAUUUUAAUAUCAUUGAGUAUAGAUUGCAUGCUGAAAGCUGGUCAUACCUUCUUUUAAUUUCUGUGUAUAUUCUUCUAAUCUCAACGAAACCUUUUGAGAUAGAUGAUAUCCUUGUUUUAUAAAUGAGGAAAAUGGAGACUUAGAGAAAUUAAUUUGCCCCCGUCGAACAGUUGUCAGACCCAGAAUUAAAAUGUGUAUCUUCUGAUGUCAUGUCAAGAACUAUUACCAGUAAAUUCAUUGCUGUGAUCUCACUGUUUUGAUUUAUGCCUUUCCCCAAGGUUUUGGCACAUUCGUCGUUAUGGGCAGCUAGGUGAUGAGCAGGGCUCUGGGGAGUGGGGCUGCCAUGUCCUGUGAGUAGGGGGAGGGUGAGUGAUGGGGUACUACUGGGCAGAGCCAAAGUGGAAAGGGAGCAGAGCUGAAAGUUGGGCUUGGACAGCUUUUGUUACUGGAUCAGAAAAAGAGAAGGAACGAUUCGCUUUUGCGUCUCUCAAUUUAAUCAUCAUUUCACUCCAUAAAUGUACUUGUUUGGAUCCAUACAGGUAGCAAGGAAUAUCUUUAAAAAAUAUCAACAUAUUUGUCUACAAUAUUUUCAGGGGUACCUUUUUGAGAAUUUGAUGAAUAGAGAUUCCCCCAUUCUCAUUUGAGUGUCAUUUAACAUUUCAAAAAAUUCACAACUAUCUUAUUUUUUAAAAAUCUUACCUAUGUAGCUCAAUUAACCUUAACUAUCGUAUUUAUUAUCGUGCCCCCAGAGCCAAAGCACCCAUAGGUACCACCCUUUGUUCUUAGGAUAAAAAGCCUCAGUUCCAUCAAACUAUCCGUUGUUCAAUCAAAAAAGUCUUUGUCAUAAGCAAGAGCUAAGGUGAUAAUCAUACAUUUAACAAAAUUGAAUUAUACUUUAAAGUAGCAUGUUUUCUAGUUUAUUAAAAUGGAAUACUUGUUUGAAAGGAUCUGGGGUUUUAUUUAGCCUGUUGCCCAGUUGGUAAACUGCUACAGUCCCUCCAUUUUUAUCUUCUAAAAUUUUUUCCAUGAUAAAAUAUAUGAAUCUAUAUUCAUUAUAAUUAUAGUUAU